AUGUCGUCUAUUCGUCCUAUUGAUGCUUGUGAACGUAGCAAAAUAUUGGUCAAACAACUUCGGGAGAGCUUGGCCUGGGAUUAUUUCACGAGUGACUUGGAAAUUCCUCAAGGAUAUUUGGAAUCUCAACCGGGCAAUGGAUGCUUAGCAAAUUUUUACCCUUUUCUAUCUACUCAAACAGCAGAUGGGUUGUCUAUUCAAAGAUCGGGACCGCUUUUACUGGCAGACGUGAAAGGUAUAGCGAGUGAGAUAGAAACAUCUGGUGAACUCUGGGAGGAACGAGACAAUCAGUCCUUCAUCCAAAUAAUUAUCAUAUCUAAAUUGUAUUACCCACGUAUACCGUUCCCUGUGCGAAGUGGCUGGAUUGAAAAUACGACCAAUUUAUUCAAAAUGGGCCAAACCCUAUGCGCAGAAGAGCAACUACCCGGACAAUCGGAAUACGUUUGUGUCCAAACUAUUCGUUUUAUACUGAAAGGAAAGCCAAAUCAUACUGGUUUGUUCGUAAAAAUGCCUUUGUGUCAAACUUUGGUGGACACCUAA